CAUACUGGUUUAUACCCAAUUGUUGCCAAAAGUUUACGACGUAUAGCCGAAGGAAAGGACCCAACAGACUGGCACAUACACACAUGUGGGCUGGCGAACAUGUUUGCCUACCAUACAUUGGGUUAUGACGAUCUGGAUGAGCUGCAGAAAGAGCCUCAGCCUUUAAUAUUUGUUAUUGAACUCUUGAAGGUCGAAUCCCCCAGCAUGUAUAAAAGAGAGACCUGGGCCCUGAGCAACGAUGAAAAGCUGAAAGUCGUCCCAGUCUUGCAUGGGGAAGGAAACAGACUAUUUAAACUUGGACGCUAUGAAGAUGCAACCAAUAAAUACAGAGAAGCUGUUAUUUGUCUAAAAAAUAUACAAACUAAGGAAAAGCCAUGGGAGGUGCCUUGGAUGAAACUGGAAAAGAUGAUUAACACUUUGAUUCUGAACUAUUGUCAGUGCCUACUCCGCAUGGAGGAAUUUUAUGAGGUUCUGGAACACACAGCUGACCUGAUCCAACACCACCCAGGUUUGACAAAGGCUUAUUUCCUUCGAGCUAAGGCCAACGCUGAAGUAUGGAAUGAAGCUGAAGCAAAAAAAGAUUUUGAGAAAGUCAUAGAACUUGACCCAACAAUGACCCGUCAAGUCAAGAAAGAGAUAAGGAAGCUGGAGAUGAGGAUGGAAGAGAAGGAGGAGGAAGAAAAAAUGAAAUACAAAAAUCUCUUUUCUUAG